CCCCUUCCAGGGCUGCCUGUGGACUCGGGGCCUCCUGCACCCUCUCCAAGGUUAGCUGAAGGUUCCUGAUCUACAAGCUGCUUGAAAAGUGUGUCAGAGCCACCGAGCGUGUCCGUCUGCCCCCAUCUUCAGCUCCUGGCCCCUUGGGGCCAUGGUGUGGGUAUAGAAGUCCUGGUUGGAAGGGUUUUUCUUCACAACAUUUAAUGCACGGUCCCUUUUCUCCCGGUGCCCAGGACAGCAGACAGACCAAUGCAGCCUGACCGAAUUUUCUCCGCUCUUUCCCCUUCCACCCACUCACCGACAUGGGGGGUUUCAGUGGGAGUCAGGGCAGCACUGGUGGAGACGCUGCAUGCAGAGCAGCCCCCAUGCCAGUGCCUUUGUGUGGCUCCAGGCUCCCCUCGUGCUUCCCCUGCAACCUGUCUAAAUGGACACUAACUGCCAUCUUACCUGCCUUAAUUUCUCCCCGGUGCACCUCUUACUGCUCGAAGCCAUCCCAUUUCCCUGUUUGUUUACUUGUUUAUUGCCUGUGUCCAGUUGGAAGGUAAAGCUCAUGACAACAGAACUUUUUCACGUCUUGUUCAGUCCUUUACUGGACUGUGGGGCAGACCUCCCGGCAGUGAGUCUUGCUGUGGUUCCCCCAGAGUGCUCGCUCAGCCCGACGCUGACAAAGCCUUGGGGAGGAGCCCCGCCUUGCUAUAAAAUAGUGCUUCUAGGAAAUCUGCAAAACACAGAAAAGCACAAGAAGGAUGACCCAUAGUUCUGACACCCUGGACAGCCAUCCCUGAUGUCACUCAGGUAUUUUCCUCUCAUGAGAUGCUGUUUCCUGGGCAACGGAACCUGCACUGAGUUGGAAGCAUCAUAAGAGGUUUCCUUCUUCUUGACCAAGUUGAACAGACAUGCACAUUCUCCAAAAUCGGCUCAUGCUCCUAGUAACUUCUUAGCUACUUUUCCUUCCUGGGCACCGAGGGCUGAAGAGAUGCCAUGUAAACACACUCAGCCGAUCCUGAAACAAGAUCCUUUUUCAGACAAAGAAAUGGUGUCAGCAAUAAACCUGAAAGCGAUUCUGCCGACACCUGACUCCUCUUCACCUUGGUGCUGGGUCCCUUGGAGAGAUAGCACUCCCUGCUCCACACCUGCACCCUGCAGGAAGCCAGAAACAUGGCCGACAGCAAGGCCAAGCCUGUCAAGGCCGCCAACAAGACACCGCCCAAGUCCCCAGGGGACCCUGCAAAGGACAAGGCAGCUAAGAGGCUGUCACUGGAGUCAGAAGGUGCCAACGAGGGGGCAGCUGCCACGGCCCCAGAGCUUAGUGCCCUAGAGGAGGCCUUCCGGCGGUUUGCGGUGCACGGGGACACCAGGGCCACUGGGAAGGAGAUGCACGGCAAGAACUGGUCGAAACUGUGCAAGGACUGCCAGGUGAUCGACGGGAAGAACGUGACCGUCACUGACGUGGACAUUGUGUUCAGCAAAAUCAAAGGGAAGUCCUGCCGGACCAUCACGUUUGAGCAGUUCAAGGAGGCGCUGGAGGAGCUCUCCAAGAAGAGAUUCAAGGAUAAGAGCAGUGAGGAGGCCGUCCAAGAGGUGCACAGGCUCAUUGAGGGCAAGUCCCCCAUCAUCUCGGGGGUGACGAAAGCCAUCUCCUCGCCCACUGUGUCUCGGCUCACAGACACAAGCAAGUUCACAGGCUCCCACAAGGAGCGCUUCGACCCGUCUGGCAGGGGCAAGGGCAAAGCCGGCCGCGUGGACCUGGUGGACGAGUCGGGCUAUGUGCCAGGCUACAAGCACGCAGGCACCUACGACCAGAAGGUGCAGGGGGGCAAGUAGCCAGUCCCUGGGGACAGGGCCUUCCUCCGUUUCUGGCCCCACAUCACCUCACACUUCUUUACAUUCCCGGGCUCACUGGGGCAGAACUCAAGACGCCGGGGCGGGGUGGCGGCGGGGGACUCCCAGGCCUCUCUCCUGCCAGUGCCCCCGGCGUGCUCCUCUCCUACCCCAGGUGUGGCCCCUGAACUCACUGACCUUUGUCUAAUGCACCUGCCUCGGCCCAUGUUGGAUGGUCAUUUUCAAAGUGUCUCCAGGACCAGAUCACACAGGCGACCUGAUUUGCAGGCGAAAGGAAUGUUUUAAAGGAGCAGGUGGCCCAGACCCUGUCGGAGGUGGUGCUAACCUCCUGACCGGCAGACCCUCCCAGGAGCCACGCAGGCAACACAUACUAACGCACUAAUCAGCAUCACCAGCGAGAUGAGGCAAACCUCAAACAGGACAUAGCAGCGUCUGCGAGGGCUCCAUGCAGGUGUGCAACACACAAGUGCAUGCUUGCACAUGUACACGCACUCGUGCACACACAUACACUCAUGCACUCAUAGGCAUACAUACUCAUGCACACACAUCUGCUUACACACAUGCGUACACCGGCCUAUGGACCAGGUCUGUGCUGAGGGCAGUCAUGUAAGCGAAGGCUGGUGUAUAAAGGAAAGUGAGCCAGGAAAGGAGUGCUCCUCGGUAGACCAAAGGAAAGUGACUUGAAGUGUGAAGUUACAUGUUCUUAAAAUGGAAACCAAGGAUGGGUCAUUUUGUUUUGCUUUUUAAAGAAAAGAAGAAAAAGUGACUGUGUUUAUUCUCAGAAUGGCGCAAGGAAGAUUCAGAAUACCCUGUUUCUAUGGCCUCUCUCCUCCGUCUCUGCAUCUCCCGGUGGCAAGACCCUGUUGGCCCCAAGGCCCCCCUGCAGGCAGGUGUGUGACAGGCCCCUUCUGCCUGUCCCCCUGAAAUCGGGGCCUUGAGGCUGCAUGUCGACCUGGCUACUUCCUCUCUGCUCACAGUGCAGCAUAAAUCUCUGCAGCUCUAGCCUCUGACGUCAAUCCCCACAUUUCUGGGCUCUCCCAACCCCAGAGUGUAGGAAACCUCAUGACAAAACCAGGCCACGGAGGCCCCCCGAGGCCCACAGCAUUUGCUUUCACGGUAGCCACGGGGUGACACUCCAUUUGCAUAAACACAACUGUAGCAUGGCCCAUGACCUGGAGGGCCAUGUGGUCCUAGAGCUGGUCCGUGGAAAAGCACACGACGGCCUGAGGAAAAUGCUUCCUGGAACCUAGCUGCCACAGCCACUGUUUGCUCUGCAGCCCUUUCCUGGACACCUGGCCUGGCCUAGCACAGGCAGUUGAAACACGGACCAGCACCGCUGUGGCAUACUCGCUGGUCACCGCUGGGGCCAGGGAAGGCCCCCACUGCUGGCUGAGGGCCAGCGCUCCCAGCUGACACUGCCCCUCUGAAGCGACCGUGUCUCUGCCAGGCCCCUCACAGGCAGUCUCAUUCUGGGGUUCUGGGGCUCACAGCAUGUGGCAUUAGAACCUUAGAGACAAGGGAGCACAGGCUCUGUCAUUUUUUAGGGCUAAUCUCACUAUUGCCUGGAAAGUUUCUAACUUAGGGAUCCUAAGCUGCCAAGCUAGGCCACUUCAAGGUGGGGAAACUGAGGGCCAAGGACUGGGGCAAAUGCCGACAGGAUGCCAGACCCCCACCCCGGGCCUCCCUCUCCUCCGCCAGGCCGGACCUUUGUGUGAAACCCAAAGGUAAGAGCAGCCUGUGGGAAACACAUCAGAAGACAACUGGACAAGCAAAGCGCUUCCUGACAAGUCAGUCACAGCCCUAGUUCCAGCGCCUGUGGGGUUUUCACCAGUGGCCACAGAAGAGGGUUUCUGCCCAGGCCCGGAGGCACUGCCGAGGAGCAACGCCCGCCACCAGGGGCUGUGGGCCCCUUGGUCUGAGGCUGCUUUUCUCCUGCUCAUUGAAGAGCCCAGUCCCUGUUGUCCCAGACGCGGGAGUCCAGCAGAAGGUCAGUUACUACAGCAUGCUGUGGUACAGCGUACGUGCUGGCGAAAGCCGAGGAACAGGGUCCCCAUGCCACAACCCAUAGAGAGAGAAAUGUCACCUGGGGCUGCCGUGGACGUGAGCCCUUCCCACCCCUCCUUGCCUGCUGGACCCUGGAGAGAGGUGCCUGACACCGGAACAUGGCCUCCUGUCCCCCAGAUGGUCUUCAGGCAAGAACAGCCACCACACAAAGGUUCCGACCCCAGCUGAGGGCACAACUGCCAGGAGCAUGCCGGGAAAGUUGGGUCUAAGCAAAAGAAACAGGACGAGUGCCCUGCCACGGCCCCCACGGUCAGCAGCUUCCUCCCACGGCGCCCACCCCAGAACUGGAGCUCCCCCCUCUACCCAGGAGGCAGGCCCGGCCUGUGGAGCACCGGUGCCACCCACCUCAGGCCAGUGGAGGUGAGCUACUUGAUAAGAGGAAAUAGGUGGAGCUACUUGUCCGCUUCUGAGGAAAAUUUCAAAAUGCUCUGCUAAUCCUGAUAGCAGCAGCUGCUCUUUGGGUUUUAUGAAUGAAAUCAAGUGCACACAGCUGCUCUCUCUUGGUGGCCCUCCCCGUCCCAGUCCAGCCGAGCUCAGGAGGCAUGGCCGUGCCCUGGGCCCCACUCCCUCGACACGCCAGGUCCAGGAGCCUGGUCUCCCUGGCCACAGAGGUUCUGCGGUGUCCCUGCGCUCCCUGCCCGUCCCCCAGCUUCGUCAGACACAUACACACAGGCCAGGACACACCUUUGUCCACUCAGAGUAUAGCUCUGAAAACCCUAGCUCCCCUUUCUGUUAGAGGAGGAGGGGGAAGGGGUAAAAUUAAGUCAUAAGGACUUAGGAGUCACCAUUCUGUCCAUUUAAAGUCAUCCAGUGAAUGCUUCAUUGCAUCUGUGUGUAGCCUCUGAACAUCCACGAUCCUGGCCUCCAACUUCACUGCACAAAACACACACACAUGCAUGUCCAUCCCUUCAUUGGGUUCUGAACAUUGCGAACACGUAGGCAGAGUGUGUGUCUGUGCUGCAUGUUUGUAUGCAACGCCCGUCAGCUCCUACUAACCAUGGUUAAGUACAAAUUAGGCGUCUAUCUGUGAACAAAAGAAACUGCACAGCAGGUACCCCAGGAGGCAGGAUGCAUUCUGAGGGGGACAGUGCUGACGGUGUCUGAACACCAGGAGGGAACAGUAGAAGGCGUGCGCUCGAAGACACCGAUCAUACCAGAACACGUAUUUAUUUCUAUUUAACGCAACUAGGCAGUGGUCAGGAACAGAGUUAACUACCAAAAUUGAAGUUCAAAAUUACGUAAGUUUAAAGUAUUAUAGCAAGGUAUAUAUUUAUACUGGAGUAUUUUUACACCUUUAAUAUUCUUGGGCUUGAGUUUUGAAACAGAUGAAAAUUGGAGCAGGUGCCGGUCUGCUGGGGGAAGGCCUGCAGCGGCUUCCGCUGGCAUCGCUAGCUGCCCAUAUGUGCUCUUGGCCUCCAAGUCCCAGUGGACGAGCUCCAGGCAGGCCACGUGGCCACCUGACCCUCUCAGUGGACAGCACCUGCUACAGCAGGCAGAGGCUCACCUUCCUGACACGAGCCAGUACAAUCGCUUGUUUCUGUGAAUCAAGUUUUAACGGCACAGGCCACGCCCUGCUUGUGUGCUGUCCCUGGCUGCUCUUGCAGCGACACUGGCGGUGGGGAGUUGACGGACUCCAUGGCCCAUGAAGCCUAAAAUAUUCACCAUUUGGCCCUUGAUGGGAGCUCUCGAGGGCCCACCUGGGAUCAUUUCAUCCUGGGUACUCAUACACAAGCUGCCUACUUCCCUGUCCUGCAGCAUACGCCACACUGGGACACCCUGUUGUCACCUGUUCAAUACAGUCCAGGUUGACAAUUUAGUUGUACUGUGAAAUUACCCAUAGGCUAGAACGUCCAUAAAACAAUGACCCUGAAUAGUUUCCUUUCACUGACUUACCACUAAAUGCUCUGUGAAUCUGGUGGCUCAGGGGCCUGGCCUUCAUUAAGGGGCACGUGGGGCGUGUGGCCAGGGUGGUGGUGUGCCAGGCCAUGGUCACUGUGCUGGAGAUGCUUCGGUUAACUCUCUCUCCUCCUUUAGACUUUGAAAAAGCAAACCAAGCCAAACAAAGGAGACCCACACAACUUAAAAAUAAACUUGAAAGGGAUCAUAUACUACUAGUUUGUACUAAGUUUUUUUCAGGAAAGGGAAAUAAAUUUAUAUAUACAUGCAAUAUAUUUUUACACUGUCUCAUUCAUGUUAGAGAGUACUGAGUGUAUCACUUUAUCAGAGUGAUGGGUACAGUGAUGUCAAUGUCAUGGGUGUUCUGACUUGGAAAGUCUAAACUGCACUCAGUAGGGAUGUCCGUGGGGCUGGGGGGCCUGCUCUCCCUCCGGUGGAGUGUGAGGCUCAGAGUCACCUGUCAGGUCACUGUCAAGGCCUGGCCUGUAAACCUUUAGUGAAACAGCUCAUGUCUGUCUGCACAUUGCUCCUCAUGUGUUCGCUGUUAUUAACAUUGUGUGUCAAAAGUGAUAAAUAAAGUGUUAAAUUGUGGA